CAGGCUCUUUUUGUGAGUGAAGAAGUCUGACAUAAUUCAUUGUCAAUCAGCUUCGGGAUCUUCUCUCGCUUAGCUUUCCCGGGAUUUGACCUGUACUUCCAAUGAGGAAGGCCCAUGCGGUCUAGUCCAGUGACUCAACAUCCCCUGUUAGAGCAGAGCCUCCUUCCUCGUCGAGAUCGUUCAAAAUCUCAAUUCUUCUUUUGAGUCUCUUUCUCUUCGAAGCAGCCAUGUCAUUCUCCGUCUCAUCCUCGUACGAGAAGCUGCGUACCAUUGUGGAUGCUACAUCCAACGAUGCUCUACCAUCUCCAGCAGCUCUCCUGAAAGCAACCAACAGCUUGCCAGCUUCGCUACCUGCCAAAGGUCUCGGUGAAGCUGCUACAGAAGCCCAUCUUCUCUCUGAUAUCAUACCCGGAUUCAAUGGUCCCAAAACAUCUUCGAACUACUACGGUUUCGUGACUGGGGGCGUACUUCCAAUCGCGGAAGUAGCGGACAACAUUGUUACUGCUUUUGAUCAAAAUGUACAAGUGCAUUUGCCUGAUCAAUCUGUCUCCACCGUCGUCGAAGAUAGAGCUUCAAGUAUGCUUGUCGAGCUGUUGAACCUGGGAUCUGGUUGGAACGGAAGAACUUUCACAGCUGGUGCGACUGGAGCCAACAUCUUGGGCUUGGCAUGUGGUCGUGAAGCGGUCAUUACAACUCGAUUGAAAGCUGCUGGGAUAGAGGAAGGCGUUGGUGAGCUCGGAUUGCUGGCUGCUUGUCUGAAAGCUGGAGUCAAGGAAGUUCAAGUCUUGACCACAAUGGGCCAUAGCUCACUGUACAAAGCUGCAAGUGUGGUCGGGUUGGGUCGAGCUUCGGUCAAAGACAUACCUGUCAGUGCGGAUGAGCCAUGGAGACUGGAUCUGAGGACUCUCGAACACGAGUUACGACGCUCAAAGGAAGGAGUAUUGAGUAUUGUUGCGAUCAGUGCUGGCGAAGUGAACACUGGGAUGUUCGCAACCAACGGAUUGGAUGAUAUGAGACGAAUUAGAGAACUUUGCGAUGAAUUUGGUGCUUGGGUUCAUGUUGAUGCAGCAUUUGGGCUCUUCGCCCGUUCACUCCCUGAAACAGACGAGUUCGAAAUCUUGCGUUCGAAACUGUCAGGGAUUGAAUUGGCAGACUCCAUCACGAGUGAUUGCCACAAAAUGUUGAAUGUGCCAUACGAUUGUGGUAUCUUUUUCACUCGUUCUGCAGACACCCUAUCUUCUAUUUUUCAAAACCCGAAUGCAGCUUACCUUGCAUCUGGACCAGCUUCCAUUCAUUCGCCGCUGAAUGUCGGUCUCGAGAAUUCUCGCCGCUUCAGAGCCCUACCUGUCUAUGCUGUACUCUUAGCUUACGGAAAAUACGAGCUGGCAGAGAUAUUUGCUAGGCAAGUUCGUCUAGCUCGAGCUGUUUCGAAAUUUUUGAGAGAUAGUGAGGAGUACGAGCUGCUCCCUACGGUACCCAAGUCAGCGACCCACAAAGAAAACAUUUCUGUGCCGAAUAUCGAGUUUGGUGAUACCCACAUCAUUGUUCUCUUCAGGGCCAAGGACGAGGAUGUGAAUACUGAACUGGUCAAGCGAAUCAAUGCGACAAGGAAAAUGUAUGUUUCAGGGACUAGAUGGGAGGGCAGGCCAGCUUGCAGAAUAGCUAUAAGUACUUGGAGGAUCGACGUCAACAGAGAUACGAAUUUGAUUAAAGAAGUAUUGAAGUCAAUCUUGGAGAAUAGGGGGUAAUGGUCUCGGUCUAAACACGAAGGACUCUACCACGACGGAAACAGAUUCCUGCUACAAGGCGAAUUCAUAUACCAACCAUGAAAUGCACUCCACUUCAA